AUGUCGCACCAAUCUCGCUCGGGCGCGAAACGCCGCAAAAUCGCCGUCGGCGACGAUCCGCUGCUUCGAGCGUUUCUCAAUCAGUACGCCGGCUGCGCCGUCCCCGACCACGGAAACCCACCUCAGAUCGAUCGCGUGCGCUACGCCUCGCUCGACGCCGACGCGUUCGAGACGAAAUACGUCCUCGGUCGUCGUCCGGUGAUCCUCACGGACGCCCUGAGCGACGAGAGCGAUCUCGCGGGGGCGAACAUGUGGACAAACGCUUUUCUGCGGGACGCGUGCGGCGGCGACGCGUCGACGUCGCGCGUAGAAUCGCGCGAUGAAGGCGCGAACGAACGGUUCGGACGAGGAAAAUAUAAAUCCAUGACGUUCGAUGCGUUCAUGGAUAAGUACGAGGCGCGAGACGGGGGAUGGUAUCUCUCAGCGGGAGGGAAGGCGGAACCGUUUGCGGCGCCGGGACGGUUGUUGGCGAGCGAGACGGCGAAGUCGAGCAAAGGGAAGCUGCCGUUACGUCCGAAAGGAGUGCCUCGCUCGCUCGUGCCGGCGGAUGUGAAUUUAUGGAUGGGUAGGAAUUCGACCUCGACGUCGAGCGGUCUGCAUCACGAUUAUCACGACAAUUUGUACGUGUUGGUGCGAGGCGAGAAGACUUUCAAAGUGUUUUCUCCGCGCGACGCUGGACGCAUGUACACGACUGGGAAGAUAUGUUGGGUGCACGAGAACGGGCUCAUUAAUUACAAAGGCGCGAGCACGCUUCAGGAUGGCGAUGUGGCAUUAGCCACGGGGGAGUCCGCGUUGGAGUUUAGAUUGCGCAAGGCUCGCGGCGACGAAGAUGAAGACGAACCGGCGAUCGGCAGUAGCGACGACGAUUUCGCCGACUUUGACGGCGUCGAUGAUUACGAUGAACUCAAUCAAACUCCAGAACCUUCCGACGACGAUUCGGCCGAAGAGGAAAAACGAAAAGACGAUGAUGACGAAGAGGACCCACCGAGUUUUAGCCGGAUCGAUUACGACCGUCUCGAUGAAUUUCCUCUCUUCAAAACCGCGUCGGCGAUGGAGUUCACCGUGAAAGCUGGCGAAGCGCUGUACUUACCCACGGGAUGGUUCCACGACGUCUCGAGCCGAGAUGCAGGCGAAGGACACGUUGCAUUCAAUUAUUGGUUUCAUCCACCGCCUCUCGGUGAGGCGUGGGAAGGUCGCCGCGCGCUCUGGGAAGAAGAUUUUCAGCGCUCGGUGCUGCCAAAGUUCCAAUAG